UGACGGUUGCCCGCCAGUCCCAUUUGCUGGAUGCAUCGGCGAAUUGGGUCGAGCCUCAUGCGCAUCUACGACAACACAUGCUUGACGCGGCGCGUGGCCGGCGAAGCGCCGAUCGCACUCGUCAUUCUCAACGGCACUGGCCUCGUCAAAGGCUUCGAGGCGCUCUGGCCGCGGGCGACGAUCACCAUCUGCGCGGAUGGCGGCGCCAACAAACUCUACGAUACGUGGCGCGCCUCGGGCAAGGACGAGCCGUGGAUUCCGCAGUACGUCAAGGGCGACUUGGACUCGCUGCGGCCCGACGUGUCGGCGUUCUUUGAGGCGAGAGGUACUGUUAUCAUCAAGGACCCCGAUCAGGACACGAACGACUUGGACAAGUGCCUUGCGCUGCUCGAAUCGCUUCAAGCGAGCAUGCCCAGCAACGAUGACGGCGAUGCGUCGGCGGCCAAGCUCAAGGUACUCAUGCUCGGCGCGAUGGGCGGUCGGUUCGACCAAGAGAUUCAAAACAUCAGCGCGCUCUACCGCUGGUCCCACGUCUUUGAGAGCAUGACGCUCUUCUCCGACCAUACGUCUGUGAUGCUCUUGCCGCCUGGAAAGCAUUGCAUUCGACCCAACUUUGACAUUGAGUCGCGGACCUGUGGCCUCAUUCCGCUCAGUGGCACGUGCAAGGCGCUAACGACGCAAGGCCUCAAGUGGGACAUGACGGACUUUGAGACUGCCAUCAGUGGCUUUGUGAGCAGCUCCAACCAUUGCCUCGCCGACGAGAUCAUUGUCGAGAACUCGGACCCGCUCAUCUGGACCACAGAGAUCCGGCCAGACGCCUCCAGCUAAGUUUGUGGGUCGAUAAGAAGGCGAUUGAGUGGA